AUGCUAUAAGAACAAAUUUCCAAUUAAUAAGUAGAAUAGGAAAUUCAAGAAUAUGAAAAGAAAGCUUAAAUGGAUUAGGAUGAAGAAUAGCAUGAUAAAAAAAAUGAUAACAAACAUCAAAACAUUUGUGAAUAGGAAAAUAAAUAAAUAUAUUUCAAUAUUAAAAUUUCAGAUCUAACUCUUUUACUAUCAAAGGAUGAUUAUUUCUGA